AUCUGACAAAUAAGGAAACUUUUAACUUUUUAUCCCAUGGCAUGCUACCUUUCUACCUGGACACUAAAACAAAUUAUUAAUUAAUUAUUAUUAUUAAAGUUAUAUUAUUUUGAUGUGGAAAAACUAUAUACACACACACACUUAUAUAUAUAUAUAUAUAUUGUUUGGGAGUACCUUUCCCAUGAAAACCAUUGAGUACCUUUCAAAUGAAAACUAGAAUAACAACAAUAACAAUUGAAACUUCAUUUCCCAUACUGCUCUGCUUCCAAAGUGCACGUGUCAAAGCUUCCAGCGAACCGGACUGGACGUCACAUUCCUGCAUUCCGCUUUUCCUCGGUGUCGGAGUUGCCCUCAGAGAGCUAAUCCUCUUUCCCCCGCUUGUUUUUGACAGCCACACUCAUGACACGGCGGAUUUGAUCUCACGGGUUGAUCCCGGGUUCCCCUUGAGUCCGAAUCCCAUCCAGGGUCUCAUUCCUCCCCUGUGUUGCCCCCAUCCCCUCUCCAGUCGCAGCAGUGGUUGACAUGGAGAAUUCCUCUGUGGCAUCUGCAUCAUCCGAAGCAGGAAGCACACGCUCACAAGAGAUCGAGGAGCUGGAGCGCUUCAUCGACAGCUACGUCCUGGAGUAUCAGGUGCAGGGCCUUCUGGAAGACAAGGCAGAUGGAGAGCAGGACUUGGACAGUGGCGGCAAAAUGCCACAGUGGACAGACGACUGCUUUGACAAAAGAGAUGGCAGCUGGACGUCAUCACAAGGAAGAGGGUCUUCUAAACCUGACGAGUGGGACCACAGCAGCAAUGGCAGUACCGGCUCUAGGCCCAGUUCAGGGUCCAGACACGGGUCAGGCUCCCGUUCUGGUAGCAGGGGCCGGAAUAACCAGUUCAAAGCUCCUGCCAAGAACGGGAACAAAGAUGGCUCCUUUGACAUCCUGGGAACAGACAUUUGGGCCGCCAACACAAUGGAUUCACGCGGAGGUGCAGGUUGGGACGUGCAGCCAGAGAAGUUGGACUUCAGCCAUUUCCACAGGAAACACCUGAGAGGCACGCCGAAGCACCUGCCACACAUCGACAGAGAGGGGAUGAAUAAAAACAAGUUUGUGGAAGAUGAUGGCAUCGACAUGAACGACAUCGAGAGGUUCCUACCCCAUCUGCGCUCGGUCUUCCCACCUUUUCCUAAUGAGGCUGAGAUCGCACACACCAAAAAGCUCUUCAGACGCAGACGGAAUGACCGACGAACAUUUGAUCACUUCACCCGAGGACAGUUAACCGUUCUAUUGCCUACAGGCCCAGGGGGGAAACGGCAAGUCUCGGCCAGGAAGCAGCAGCGACCUCAGGGGGGAGGAGGAGGAGGAGGAGGAGGAGGAGGGAAGAUCCAGCCUCAACAGAUUCAACAGCAAUCACCUCAACUGCAGAGGGAUCGAACCCAGCAACAAUAUCCAAACCAACCACAGCAGACUUUGACAGAACCUGCAGAGAACAGACACAGUCGGCCACCUCGCCAGUACCAAGGAGGGCAGCGCCCGGCGGGGCCAAGUCACGGCUACAGCCAGAACCGGCACCACAACCAGAAAGGUCAAGGACCGGCGAAUGCCACAUGGGAAAAAGGAGCGCCCCCCAGAGCAACCAAAGACACUGAGAAUGUAAAAGUGGAUGAGAAGCAGAUCAGACCACUGAAACAAAACGACAGCAGUAGGAGUACCAAUGACUCAGCCAGACCUGACUCCACACACAGUACAGAACCUUUACCAGAUCUAAUAGUUACCAAGGAAUGUCCCACCCUCCGACCAGCAGGAAAGACGAGCGAGGGCCAGCCGGAGCUGCCCAAAGUCAGUCUUCUGCAGUCGUCGAAGGAAAGACUGAGGGGAAGACUAAAGGACAAGGAAGAAGCUCACAUGCAAAAGUCUGAGUCCGGAUCACAGAGCUUAGACCGGCUGGUGGACCUCCUGAACAACAUGAGGAGCAACAGCAGCGGCGUGGAGCAGCAGCUGGCCUCCUUCAUGGAGGAGGCGCAGUGCUCGGCGCGGUCUGAGGAGUCGCUGGCUCAGGUGGUCAGCACCAUCUAUUUAAAGGCCGUGUCUGACAGAAGCUUUGCAGCAACGGCAGCUAAACUCUGUGACAAGAUGGCGCUGUUUAUGGUGGAGGGGACCAAGUUCAGAUCGCUGCUGCUCAACAUGCUGCAGAAGGACUUCUGCCGGCGCGAGGAGAUCCAGCAGUCGGAUGUGGAGCUGUGGUUAGGUUUCAUCACUUUCUUAUGUGAAGUGUUUGGAACCAUGAGGAGCAGCUCUGGCGAACCGUUCAGGGUGUUGGUGUGUCCCAUCUACACUUGUCUUCGAGAGCUGCUCCAGUCAACAGAUGUUAAGGAAGAUGCUGUCCUUUGUUGCUCCAUGGAGCUGCAGAGUAUGGGCCACCUCCUGGAGGAGCAGCUCCCAGAGAUGAUGACGGAGCUCCUCGCCGCCGUCAGGGACAAGAUGCUGUGUCCUGCUGAGUCCGAGCUGACGCGCUCUCUGCUCAUGGAGGUCAUCGAGCUGCACGCGCACCGCUGGAGUCCCCUGGAGGCUUUGACCACCCAGUACUACAACCGCACCAUCCAGAAGCUCACCACCUCCGCCUAGCCAGCUCCCGCUGCAGCGCUGAACACUAGUAACGUCCGAACAAGCGACUUUCCAGUGACACGAGAAAGUCCAAGUAGUCUUGCCUGAAUAAAUUAACGCUGCGCGAGGCUUUUAAAUCGAUCAAUACAGGUGACCACUGCUACAACCAAACCACGAUAAUAAUUCCCCUCAAGCUGAGAUGGCAAACCUGGACUGCAGUGUGGCCAGCAGGGGCGUGCGCAGCCACACAGAUUCUGGGAGCAAUCCCGGCUGUUGACUCUAAGGGAUAAAAGACGAAACAAACAAAAAAAAGGGGGUCAUGGUGGGGAGAGGGGGAGAGGGCAGCAGCCAGUCCAUGGGGAACGGCGAGAGUCGUACCCCCAGAUGAAUGGAGGAGGGGAAGGGGGUCAGGGUGCUCUGUUUCAGUCUUUUCAUCGUGCUGAUUUGCCAAGCCCCCCACUGCCCUCCUACUGCUACCCCCCACCCCUCUGUGUCUCGGUGAGCCCCUGGGGUCUGUGCGGCUGAUUAAAACACAGGCGGGAGGAGGAGGAGGAGGAGGCAGCAGACCUGCUGAUGUCUGUCUGGGCUGUCUGCUCCAUCGGGCCAGGGACCAGGUCAAAGGGCCCUGCAGUGAAGCUCUUAAGCCCCCCCACCUCCCCUGCCGCCUUUGUAUCUUCCACCUCCUCAGUACGCCCACCCCCCAGCAGGAAGCCCCUUUGAGGGGAUGAGACAGCAGGCCUGCUGGGCCAGGCUGGACUUGGGAUAAGGAUCAGACAGGCUAGAGUAGGGUGGCAGAUGGCUGCCUGAGCCCCUGUGAGGCGACACACUCCUAACACACCCCACCGGCACCCCAGCUCAGUGUUACCCACAGAGACACAAACCCCAGCAGUGGUGGAAGGGGGGUAAGGGGGCAUUAUAAAAUGGAGGCAGACACUGCUGUCUGAUAAAUCUUUUGUCUUCUCUUAAUGAGUGCAUGUCCAUGCUCUGUCAGUCUGGAUUGUUUAUUCCUUCAUCCUUGAUGUUUGUUUGUGUACGAGCUGUCAUAGCAGUAGGCCUUAUUGCACAGGUUGUUUUGCACCGUUUUGAAGCUACGUUCACACCGCCGUUGGUGUUUAAAUGCACGGUUUGGGCUUCAAAACUCUUAUGUUUACACUUAGCUAUGAAAAUUUCUAGGAUUGUAAGUGCAAAAUACCAUUUAACCUUUUAACACCGGAGCUCCAGUGUUUGUGUUCUUUGAUUUACUGUAACUUUUCAACUGUUAACACGAUAAUUCCAGUUGAUUCUGAAGGAGAAAAGCGGCUCGUCUAGCUAAGCUGCUAGCACUCGGAAAUACACAUCGGUUUUAUAACUUCAAAAAGGUCAAUAUUUCAUUUAAAUGUGAACUUCUGUGCUCGCCCUACCAGCGAAGGGAUACAGAAUUUAAAGUCCUUUUUGCUCUACCCUUAAAAAAAAUAUUUCGGACACCCCUUCAAAUUCCCCUUCAAUUGGAGGGGUAUGGGGAAGAAUUUGGAUUUGGACUUUAUCACAAUAGAGAAAGUCUGGAGCGAGAUUUCGCACCAAGCUUCCUCCAAAUGUAAGUACCAAAAAUGUGUUAGUAAACGGUAGAAGAAAAAGAAGAAGCCCCUCCCUGCUUGUCCAAUGUGAACACAAAACUAAAUGUGCGUUCAAGAACGUACAUGCCCGGUGUGUCCGUAGCUUCAGGUGCUCGUGGAUCAUUAUGAAAAAUGGUUGAAGUGUUUUAAGGUGUUUCACUCGACUAGUGGCCUUGUCAAUGAUCCUUCUUUUGUAGAAGCUCUUUGGUUGUGCAAUCGGAUAGGUUGGACCAAACCACUGAACUUAUUGUUUCGCACAGGAAAACGCUUUUAAAGAUAAGGAAAAAAAAUUAGAGCAUGGCAUAUAGGAUAAAUAAGUGUACUGCUUGAAAAUAUUAUCUUUGCAGUGAACAUUUUGCAAAAUGUGGAUUUGAAUUGUAUUUAAUUUGCUUUUGAAAUUAACCUGUGUAAUAUGAAGAUAGGAAAAAAAUCGUACCGCUUGACCUCAUGAGCGCGUCAUACGUUGUUCCAGCUAAUGUUUGUUCUAUGAUACUGACAAACCAUGCCAAUCAUUUAUUCCAUGUAAAUGAGCUUUAUAUUUAAUCUGCAAUGCAGCAUCAUAAGAGGUAUUUAAAAUAAACCUGUAGAGGGGAAUGGUGCAACCUAGCUGUUACUGAGUGAGAAGGGGUCGGCCUUUCCCUGCAUUUUGAAAAAGUAGUUUCUUACAUAAAACAUGUAGUUUCCCACAAAUCUGUGUGGGCGGUUUUGUAUUAUUUUUUUGCUGUCUUGCAUCAAGAAUCAAAAUGUGUGACGUAGAAGCACAAAGCAGAAGUUUGGCCCAAUGAGAUGGAUCCUAAUCAUCUGUGUGUAUGUGUUUUUUUUUAUGUCUUGUUUUUAGAUUUUUAUUUAAAUUAAAUGUAACUCAUUUAUGUAUUCUGGGUUUUUAACUUCUGAAAGUUGCUAGCAAGCGCUGUAUUACUGUGUAACUGAAAAACCCAUUGAUCAGCUCUCACAGCAGAUUGGAGCAGGUGGGGAUCCCCCCCAUGUCGCUGGAGCCUCCCGACCCUGUGUGCCCUUUAGACCCUUUUGCCGGGGUCACACGAUUCACUCGACGGCUGAAUGAGACACCCCUUCAUUUGCAUAUUCUCAUGAAUAUUGACGAGCGAGGGCGCCAGUCCCGAGUGCAGCAGGCUCUCCAUUGGCAGCAGUGGGUCACCUGUCAGUUUUUGUUUUUUAAGCAAAUGAAAAAUAAACAUGAAAAGAGAAACGAA